AACCAAGCAUGUCUACCCCAUCGUUAAGUGAUGCCUAUUCUGUGGCCACGUUACCCAGAAUAACAGACGUUCCGCUCGAGUCCAAGGUGACUCUCCCUACCAUCACAUCCACCGACACCUCGAUCAUUGACGUUGGAGUAUCCAAAUCGAUUAUAUCUAGUUACUUAUUAAAACCAACACCUAAAUUGAUAUGGUCCUAUCCCUUAAGUCCAUCUACCAUCGUCGACUGCAUGGAUGUCUGUGUGAAGGCCGAUGGAGAAGAUAAAAUCUACGCCAUAGGAUUAACUGAACGUAAGAAUAAUAAAUUAUUAGUUAUUGAUAAAGUUGGUAAUGGGAAUAAGAUUGAACAAAUAAAUUCCAAGACUGAAAUAAAAGUCGGAGGGAAAAUAACUAAUUUGAAAGUCAUUAAUGGAUACAUUUACGUGAUCUACGAAAAGGGAUCAAUCGAAUUAUAUAAGAUCAAUCAAGAAGAAGUUGAGAAAAUCGAAUUUGAAAAUGAAUUUAAUCAUUUUGAUAAAGUUGAAUAUAGUAAAUUCAUAAAUGAAAAAGAAUUAUUAGUGAUUACGAAGAAAAACACCACAUAUCAUUAUAAGAUCUUUCAACUUGAAAUGAAACAAACCAAAGAAAUUAUAAACCAAAGCAUUAAAGAAACAAAUUCAAAAUUAAUAUUUAGUAUUUAUUCAAAUACUUUAUAUAAGUUGAGUAAUGAGACCAUUUCGUCGGUUUCGACAACCAACUUCAAAAAAGUCCUUAAAAGUAUGAAUAUUUCUAAUAUCAUAACCAAAGAUUGCAAGAUAUCAAUGCAUACUCCUAGUUUGGAAAGAAUUUUACUUUCAAUUGACAAAAGUAUCUACUUGGUCAACUUCAAAUUCGAAAGUUUAUUAGCACAACAAACCAAUCAAGGCGAGAGUUUGAUUAAUCAAGUUAUACAUACCAAGGGAGACAGUAUUAACACCAGAAAUACUUUUGCAAUUUUUUCUGAAAAUAACGAACGAUUAAAUAAUACCGAUUUGAAAAUAUUACAAGUGAAUGUCGGGGUUAAUAAGUUAAAUGAAUGUUUAGGGAAAAAAAUCGAUAAAGCUGAAGAGGUUGAACUUCAAGGAAUUCCAAAUUUACUCAGUCAAGAUUUAGAAAAAGAAGAUAAAGAACAAAUCAAACAAAUGAACAAAGUAUACCAAUCAUUAGAGAAAUUGAGUAAGAAGGCAGACUUGGCCAAAUUCGAUAAAUCACUCUUAGAAUUUUUCAAAAAUGGCCAUGCUGGUAAUGUUUAUGAUGAAGAAACCGAUUUGGUCAUUGAUGAAAAUUUUAUUAAUCAAGUUGUUAAAUUGAUCUUCAGAUUAGACAAUAACCAACUUUGUUUCCAGAACAAUCAAUUCAUCCCCGAGGCAAGUUUACGCUACUUAUUGAGCCAUCCAUGCUAUCCAUAUGAAUACACUAUUGGAAUACUCAAAUUAUUCAAAGAUUUCAAACAAGAAUCAUUAUUAGCCAACCUGAUUAAGGAAAGUACCAGUAUUAAACUUGAAGAAUUAUCAAAACAAUUAGUUUACGAGUCAAUCGACGAGAACUUUGCGGUUUUACAAAUCAUCCUUACCCGAAUCAUUGAAGAAUACUCAAUUAUUGAAAUCACCUCGAUAUUGAAGAAAAUCUUGGGUCAAUUCAACAAGAUUGAAAUCGAUUUAAUCAAUUCAUUAAUUAAAUUGAAUUCAUUUGAAAGUUUACAAUUGAUUCAAGUUAUCAUUGAUAUUGGAGGAUUGUUCAACUGGAAUACCAAUAUCAUUGAAUCCUUAACUGAAUUCAUCAAUGAUAAAAUUGAAUCAUUAAUUGAAAAUAGUUUCAAUCUCACUUUAACUAAUCAAGCAAUAUUACAAACUACAAGUCAAACCAAAAAAUCUAAAAAGAAGAAUCUUGACAAUAUCAUUUCCAACGAUCUCCAUCAACAACAACAAUUAGAUUCAAUCUUAACCAUUACAAACAACUCAAGUAAAAAAAUCCACUUGGGUGAAGACGGGAUUGAAAUCUCUAAAAAAGUUCCUAAGUAUUCUAUUGAAAAAUUAGUAUUGUGA